AUGACGCCAGAAGACAGAUUGAUAAAACGGGCAGUGAUACAGUUCUGUGUAAACCUAGGGAAAACUCCAUCGCAAACACCUAAAGUGAUGAAUGAAGCAUCGAGUGAAACUCAAGUGAAGCGAAUGCUCGUUUACAAGUGGCACAAGCGGUUCAGUGAGGGGCGGGAAAGCAUUUGUGACGACGUGAGGUCUGGGCGACCGGUUUCACAAACUACGGUGUGUGACGUCGAGGCCGUGAAAAACAUCGUUGACGCUGAUCGUCGAGUCACUCUUUAUGAAAUAUGCAAGAUGACAUCUCGGGCUUCCAGUGUGGGCUUAAGCCCGGAAGGCAGGAGAGGAGAACCCAUUGACCUUGAGGAUGUCCCUGCCCUUCAAUACCUGCAGUUAACCCUUCCGCAGUUUUGUACCCAGGUCAUCACCAUGGAAGUCCUUCACCUUCUCCACUUGACCUUGGAUAUAGUGAUAGCCAUGGUUACGCCAGGCCUAUGGCAGGAUCAGUCUAUGGCGGCUAGGGAAUGUAGUGAAAAGCUUAUUGAAAGCCUAGAUGUCAUGGCCGACCUAUUGAAAUUCCAUCACCAUAGCAACUUGAAGUCUGACCCUGAUGACACAAAUAAUGACCCUGGUGACCUUGUACAGCAGAGGCAAUGCUUGAUUGGUCUACAUGUGCUUCUGGCUAGGAUCCUUGACCCUCUUGUUCCGGUUGACAAGUGUCGAGGGGUUAUAUCAGAGAAUCUCCUUUCCAUCAUGAACACACUUGUAUAUGAUGAAGCCCUUAGCAACUCACUUCCUGACCUUCAGCUUCAGUUGCUAGGCUACCUACAGUACCUUGACGACGGAAGGUACUCUGUGUAUGUUGCUACGGCAACCAUUUGCCAAUCAUUGCAGAGGACUUGCAAGUUUAUGAAUCUGGCCCAGGAAGAGGCAUCUCGACUAUCAAAGGAGACACUUUUCCUGUGUGAGGGAGCCUUUGACAGCCUACCGUACCACCGUCACAUGAAUUACAUCACAGAAACAGUUAGACUGUGCUCCGAUAUUGGUAGUCGUUCUCAACACUAUGAAGAUCACAAGGCCCGUUACAAGAAGUUGCUGUUACAGCUUCUAGCCCAUCCAAUAGGAAAGCUGCGACUGAGUGUAUUUACUGCUGUACUGCAAUGUGUUAAGACGAACCUCAGUGUGCUAAAAGCCAGCGAACCUGGCUCAACAAGCUGUGAGAAGGUCAGAUUCAUCAUUGAUGCUGACAUCUUGUAUGAGAUCAUUGUCUUUGGACUCGCUGAUAAGGAUACAAAGGUGGCCAAUGCAGCCAGUGAGCUAGUGACUCAUUUGUUAAAGAGUCAGUUACUGAUGAGCCCAGCCUUAUGGCAGUUAAUGUUGAAAGAACUCGCCAGGGCACUUCCGAUUUUGCAGUCCUAUACAAGUGUUAACACAGUGCUGGGAACUAGUAUUCUAGCCAUGCUGGAAACCAAACCCUCCACUUCCCCAAGUGAUAUCACUCAAGGGGAGAAACUCCGGGGAACUCUGCGUUGUAUGCUGUCUACAGACCUAAAGGUACGAUCAGAGGCACUGAAGCGCUUAUCCUGGUACCUUUCCAACGAGGAAGGGGGCGUGCGUCGGUUACCCAUAUUUUCGGAGCUGAACGUUACAGACCUUGCAAAUCUUCUAAUAGUUGAUACACCACGAUCGGUAGACAACGAUUUAGGGCGGUCUGUGUUUUAG